AUUACUCGCCGUUCGGUAUUCGAGCAACGCUUCAGUCGUGCUGUGACGCGCAUCGUACGCGGUCGUGUUUUGGAACGUGAUGUUAGCGCGGUGACCGCGCUCUUUCGUACGUGCUAAGGCGGGAAAAGUUCCCGCCUACAUUACAACAAAAUAUUUUCAGACGCUAAUAAGCUGGCGAGCGGAGGCGGCGGUGGCCGGGGGCUGUUCUGCUACCACUGCCCGCCGAGCCUCCCGCCCCACCAGCAUCGCCUUCCAACCCUGGAGUACCCAUUCACAGCUUCACACCCUUACACAAGCUAUUCUUAUCACCCGGCGAUACACGAUGAUACCUUUGUGCGGCGGAAACAGAGGCGCAAUAGAACCACCUUCACAUUGCAGCAGUUGGAAGAACUGGAAACGGCGUUUGCGCAGACUCAUUAUCCAGAUGUGUUCACGCGGGAGGAUCUCGCUCUGAAGAUCAACCUCACAGAGGCGAGGGUACAGGUAUGGUUUCAAAAUCGACGCGCAAAAUGGCGGAAAGCGGAGCGAUUAAAGGAAGAGCAAAGGAAACGGGAAGGAGCUGAAGUCAUGGCGAAACGUGAUCCUAGUGACGAUAAGAACUCAUCGGAGUGCAUGUCGCGCGGGUCAGGCGACGCGUCACCCAUAUCGGGCGUGGCGUCCCCCCGCGCGUCCCCCACGACGCCGGGCUCGCCACGCCGCUCGCCGAACCGCUCGCCGCGCCGCUCGCCGAACAGAUCGCCGAGAUUGGAGAGGUCAGAAGCGAGUUGUCCAUCACCAGCGCCAUCUGUGGGCAGCGCCGGCUCGAGGGACGCGCCGCCCGAGCACCGACCACCGCACCACAUCUUUUCGCCGUUUGACCAUACGGGCGCGUUCCGCUCGUCCCCCGCGGGCUCGGACACGGCGCCUCCGCCCCCGCUGUUCCUGCCCCCGCACCUCUCGCACCUCUCGCAGCACCUCAACCAUUUGUCGCAGCCUUUCUUUCCGCUGAAAGGUUGGGGCGCGCCCUGCCCCUGUUGCCCCAAAGAAGAGGCACGUUCCUCAAGCGUGGCAGAACUACGCCGAAAGGCUCACGAGCACUCCGCGGCCCUUCUCCAGUCCCUAGCUAACUUCCAGUCUAGGGCCUUGCUCCCUUUGCCCCUGCACUUGCCCCCUCUGCCCCUAUCUCUUUUGCCCCAUGAUACUCAGACUAAUACGUCAUCGGAACCACCGAAACAUCUAGAAUAAUUUGGAUACGGCAAAUUGCUUAAUGUAGUAUAUUUAGGAUUGUUUAUUUCAGCGUUAUAUUCAAGCAAUAAUUAAUCAUUGUUUUUUAAUAUUUAAUGGGUAUUUAUUUGGAUUAU